AUGUCAGGUGGAAGGAGCGAAAAUGAUUUUACCAAGAGACUUCGACAAUCUAAACUGAUAUCUACCUCCAUUAUUCCCAAUGUUUCAAAAGACGAUUGGUUGGUAGAUCUCGCAGAGUUUGAUGAAACUAUUCCUUUACUCAAGAAAUUUCGAGUGAAAUUGCCAAUAAGUGAGCCGUCGAGGGUAAUUAAUGAAACGAGAGCAGAACGAUAUGAACGAAGAGCCAAUCAGAAAGAUUCGUAG